AGACACAAGAGGGUUAUGAAGAAGAUGGGCAUCAAUCAUCUAUACAGAAGCAGGAUAACGCUGACGAAUUACAAAAGAUAGAAAACAAUGAUUUAUCCACAGAGACACAAGAGGGUUAUGAAGAAGAUGGGCAUCAAUCAUCUAUACAGAAGCAGGAUAACGCUGACGAAUUACAAAAGAUAGAAAACAAUGAUUUAUCCACAGAGAUUCAAGAUGAUCAUGGAAAGUAUGACAAUGAUCCUACCACAGAGAAGCAGGAUAAUAAUGUUGAUUUGCAAAACACAGAAAACAAUGAGGUGAAAGAUGAGAAUGAAUCAACUACACAGAAGCAAGAUAAUGAUGAUAAAUUGCAGAACACGGAAAACAAUGAUUUAUCCACAAAGACACAAGAGGGUUCUGAAGAAGAUGGGAUUGAAUCAACUAUACAGAAGCAGAAUAAUGCUGAUGAAUUAAAAGAGAUAGAAAACAAUGAUUUAUCCGCAGAGAUUCAAGGUGAUCAUGGAAAGUAUGAUAAUGAAUCUACCAUAGAGAAGCAGGAUAAUGAUGAUAAAUUGCAGAACACAGAAAACAAUGAUUUAUCCACAGAGACACAAGAGGAGAUUCAAGAUGAUCAUGGAAAGUAUGACAAUGAACCUACCACAGAGAAGCAGGAUAAUAAUGUUGAUUUGCAAAACACAGAAAACAAUGAGGUGAAAGAUGAGAAUGAAUCAACUACACAGAAGCAGGAUAAUGAUGAUAAAUUGCAGAACAUAGAAAGCAAUGACUUAUCUACAAAGACAGAAGAGAGUUAUGAAGAAGAUGGGAAUGAAUCAUCUACACAGAAGCAGGAUAAUGCUAAUGAAUUACAAAAGAUAGAAAACAAUGAUUUAUUCACAGAGAUUCAAGGUGACGAUGGAAAGUAUGAUAAUGAACCUAUUAUAGAGAAGCAUGAUAAUAAUGGUGAUUUGCAAAAUACAGAAAACCAUGAUUUAAGCAUAGAGGUAAAAGAUGAGAAUGAAUCAACUACACAGAAGCAAGAUGAUGAUGAUAAAUUGCAUAACACAGAAAACAAUGAUUUAUCCACAAAGACACAAGAGGGUUAUGAAGAAGAUGGGAAUGAAUCAUGUAUACAGAAGCAGGAUAAUGCUGACGAAUUACAAAAGGUAGAAAACAACGAUUUAUCCACAGAGAUUAAAGAUGAUCAUGGAAAGCAUGACAAUGAACCUACCACAGAGAAGCAGGAUAAUAAUGUUGAUUUGCAAAACACAAAAAACAAUGAGGUGAAAGAUGAGAAUGAGACAAUCUUCAUUCUCAUCUUUUACCUCAUUGUUUUCUGUGUUCUGCAAUUUAUUAUCAUUAUCCUGCUUCUGUGUAGUUGA